AGUUCCGGUAAAGUUCGAUGGCGCUUAAUUCUCGCCAAUGUUGGAUUUUUUUUCCCUCUCUGCAGCCAAAACUGUUUUCACCAUCUUCCCUCCUCCCUCGUUUCUUCCGUUUUCUUCGAUUCUUCUUCUUUUUUUUUUUUUUUUUUCCUCCUCUCACAGAUUCGAUUCUCCGACCCUUCCUCCUCAGUUCGAAUGUGAAAAAGGUCGUCGUCCUACACGUGAAGUUUUUUUUUGAGCUGGCUGUUCUAUCUUUUAAGCUGGCCAUAAUUGAUUAUAGCAGCUUCUAUCUUUUUAUUACAAAACAUAGUGUGAACUGAAGAUCUUGAUUCUUCACUGUUUUUGGAGUUACAUUCUUCACAGCUUCUCUUUUUCUGUUCCUGCGCGUUUGUUAAAUCACAAAGCUCUUAGCUUUUGUUUUGUGAGAUAGAGACUAUGUCAGAUAGAUGGGCAAGGCAAAACGCGGAACAAGCAGCUGUCUUGGCUGAGAGAAGAAAUGUGAAUAAUAAUAAAAACGUUUCACUUCAGACUGGGGAAGAGUUUUCCAUGGAGUUUCUCAAGGAUCAUAACAAUACUCCUGUCCACUCUCCUAUUGUUUCAGCCAAAACUCAUAAUGAUGGGAAUAGAUUUGGGGACCUUUACUAUCACCAGAAUCAUCUACCGGGUUAUGACAGCGCUGCUCGGUUUCAUGAACUGAGGAGGAUCGAAUCGGAAUGUCCUUCUGAUGCUUAUGAUUUUGGACGAGACCCGAGGAGUUCUGUACGGGUUGAGAAUGGUGGUUAUAUGCCGCCUCAUUAUAGUGCUUACCAUAAUGUAGGUGGUGAAAAUGAAGUUAUAGCUAGGAAAGCUUUUGGUGAGAUAAACUCCAACCGAGGGGAUGUUACUGGGAGGUCUACGCCUCGUGGUUUCAUACCAGAGCCUGUUCAGUCCAACAACUAUACCGGAAGAGGGGAUUUCGAUAGAUUCGGGAAAGUUAAGUUUCUUUGCAGCUUUGGUGGUAGGAUUAUGCCAAGAUCCACUGAUGAAAAACUUAAAUACGUAGGAGGAGAGACGCAUAUUAUUUCGAUCCGUAAGAACCUUUCAUGGGAAGAACUCAAGAAGAAGACCUCGAAUAUAUGCCAACAACCUCAUUCUAUCAAGUAUCAGCUUCCAGGGGAUGAGCUUGACUCCCUAAUAUCAGUAUCUUCGGACGAGGAUCUUCAGAAUAUGAUCGAGGAGUACAACGGACUAGAAAGGCUCGAGGGUUCACAAAGGCCACGACUGUUCCUGAUUCCUAUAGGGGAGCCUGAAAAAAAGGUUCAGCAGACCACUCCUGAUUGCCAAUAUAAUGCUGAUCCUAUUCCCAGGAAUAUUGUUGUUGGUCAGACUUUGGCUGGUGAUACACGUUAUCAUGUAAACAACUUGGAUCGCAGUCCAAGUAUCUGUAAACAAACACUGGGUCAGAUGCUCAGACUGGAUACUACUAAUAUGCACCCGAAUCCGCUUUUCAAUGGAGUUCAAUAUAACAUGCCUUCCUAUCCAUCACCUCCUGUUUCUCCGUCACCAUUCCAGCAAAGGGAUUCAAAUGGUGUAUACUCACCAUUCCCUGGCAACAACUCCAGCUCCGAGAGCAAUAAUUCCUUCAGUCCAGCUCAACCAGACACGUCUAGCUUCGAGGCGAUUGAUUCAAAAUAUCAUCAACAGCGACCAUUACCUUCAGUAAACUGUCAGUCUAACAAGCAUGAAGCAGAGAACCUAUAUGGGAUUCAGUUCCAGAAUGGCUUCAGUGAAAAACUUGUGACUCCAAGUCCCAGCCAUGUUGAUACACUUAACUUUAACCCUGAGAGGUCUGCGAAUAAUGGAAGGGUCUACAGCGAUAAAGUGAGUAUGCCCGAGGAAUCUAAGGUCUCCUUUUCUGGGUCUACCAAUUCAAAUGAUUCUUGCUUGGGAAUCCCACACUCGUACUCAGACUCUACACUAGAGAUUAAUGGUGGACAUUCUAGUUACUUUUCACAAGAGAGACAAAGCCCGUCUUCAACAUUGAACUUUACAAGGAAACAAACACAGGAAAACCCAGUGCAGGUGCAUAGGAAUACUGAUCUUGCUGACCGUCGUACACAAAGUGAUAUACUCGAUAUGAAGUCCACUGAGGGAGGAGAGACUAUGUUUAAGUUUUCCCCACGGCCAGGAGGACCAGGACUAUCCGGUGAAAACAAGACAUUGCAUAUAGACAUUUCUGCUGCAGGCAAUCAUUAUGAUGAGAUUUAUCUAAAUCAGGAAACCAAGAAUCAAGGAGGGUACAAUGACACGAUUUUUCAUCUAGGAGGGAAAGUUAUGGGGACUAAAGCAACACAUAGUGACAUGGACCGCAAGAAGUUGCCUACAUAUGGAUACCAAAGCUCAGUGGUUGUUGAUCCGUGGAAGCAAAUAAAGCAAGAUAAUGAGCGUUUGAUUGCUGGAACCUCAUCUGCUAAUCUAAUUUCCUUAGAGGAAGGCAUUGCAGCUAACGCACCAAAUGAGGAACCUGAAGCUCGUGCUGCUCGGGAAAGGAACUUGGAAGUUUCAGGGAUGUUUUUAAAUAAGAGAGCAGGCUCUGAUGAUAAUUUCUUGUUCAGCAUUGCCUCUGAUUCAGAAAACAGGAAGAUUGGUCAUGAGACUAGGAUCUUAGAACUUGAUUUAACACAAAACAAUAGAACAGGAAGAGAAGGUGGGUUAGGCCAUGUGCGAAUCCCAAGCAUGGAUUUGAAUCAGCCAGCGCCAGCCAUAGCGAGUGACACUUACGAUUUGAAGAUACUAUCUGUCGAAAGAGAAGAUUCACCACAAAGCAUUCCACACGCAAAGAUGAACAGCGAUGAUACAGUAUUCCUUUCUGAGGAAGCUGAAGCCAAUAUCGGCGAGAAAGAAAACAGUUAUAAAGACACACUCUUUGUUGAAAUGGAAGCCAGUGUUUAUGGUUUGCAGAUAAUAAAGAACGCUGAUCUUGAAGACCUAACAGAACUGGGAUCCGGGACAUAUGGAACUGUCUACCAUGGAACAUGGCGGGGGACGGAUGUUGCGAUAAAGAGAAUAAGAAAAAGCUGCUUUGCGGGGAGAUCAUCUGAACAAGAACGCUUGACUAAAGAUUUCUGGAGGGAAGCACAGAUACUCUCAAAUCUUCAUCACCCAAAUGUAGUUGCAUUCUAUGGUAUAGUCCCUGAUGGAACUGGGGGAACUUUGGCAACUGUUACGGAGUUUAUGGUGAAUGGGUCACUCAGGCAUGCUCUUCUCAAAAAGGACAGAUUGCUUGAUUGUCGAAAAAAGAUAAUAAUUGCGAUGGAUGCUGCUUUUGGCAUGGAGUAUUUGCACUCAAAGAACAUUGUUCACUUUGAUCUCAAAUGCGAAAACUUACUAGUCAAUCUAAGAGAUCCACAACGCCCUAUAUGCAAGGUUGGAGAUCUUGGCUUAUCUAGAAUCAAACGUAACACUUUGGUAUCUGGGGGAGUGAGAGGAACACUUCCAUGGAUGGCUCCAGAACUCUUGAACGGAAGCAGCACCCGGGUUUCUGAGAAAGUCGAUGUUUUUUCAUAUGGGAUCUCGCUGUGGGAGAUUCUAACUGGAGAGGAACCCUAUGCAGAUAUGCACUGUGGAGCAAUCAUUGGCGGGAUCGUGAAGAACACACUUCGACCUCCCAUACCAAAAAGCUGUUCUCCGGAUUGGAAAAAUCUAAUGGAACAAUGCUGGUCCGUAGACCCAGAUUCCCGUCCUCCAUUCACCGAGAUAACAUGCCGACUCCGGACCAUGUCAAUGGAUCUCGCCACAAAAAGCAAAAGAAGAGAAAGCAAAACCUGACUUCAAACAUCAGAAAUCUACAAACAACGGGUCAGUCGAUGGACACUUUCACAUACAGUUUCUAUCGAAAAACCCGCAUAUUCAUUAUUCUCAUUCUUCAACUGUGUACAAAAAAACCAUAUAUGUAAAUCUCAAAACUCCAAUGUAAAUAUUACAGCCAACAUAACAAAGGAUGAGAAACAGAUUUUGCAUUGUAA